AUGUAUGGACUCAUUUCUGGUGUUUGUUGCGACAGAUGCGAAGAUGGUGGAGGCGGCGCAGCGACAGGGACCGGCGGGCGGGCGGCAUCGCUGCGGCUCGCCAACGGGCGGGUGGCCGCGCAGUCCGCCGAGCAGUUGCCGCACUCGCCCGCCGACUGCGCCUCGGUGCGCAUCUCCAUCGACAACACCAACACCUGCUGCACCGACUCGCUCAGCAGGCUGGACUUGAACGGGCGGGUGGCUGAGGAGCUGCCGCACGCUCUCACCGACUGCGCCUCGGUGCGCAUCUCCAUCGACAACACCAAUACCUGCUGCACCGACUCGCUCGUCACCGCGCUCGACGACGAGACGCUGCUGCUCGGCUGGACUCGAACGGGCGGGUGGCUGAGCAGCUGCCGCACGCUCUCACCGACUGCGCCUCGGUGCACACCUCCAUCGACAACACCAACACCUGCUGCACCGACUCGCUCGUUACCGCGCUCGACGACGAGACGCUGCUGCUCGAGCAGGCUGGACUCGAACGGGCGGGUGGCUGAGCAGCUGCCGCACGCUCUCACCGACUGCGCCUCGGUGCACAUCUCCAUCGACAACACCAACACCUGCUGCACCGACUCACUCGUCACCGUGCUCGACGAUGAGAUGCUGCUGCUUGAUAAGUCGCUAGUCAACGAGCAAGGAGUUCAGUAGAUUGACUAUACCAAGUGGAAUUCUUUGUCCGCAUACAUAUUCUUCAACCUAGGGUCCUUGAAAAGAGGCGAGAAUAAAUAUGUAAGCAAAUAAAACUGCUACACUAGCUAUCUUUUGCGUCUACAUUUUAAUAUAUUUGGUAAGGUUAGGUUAAACGUAUGAAUAGGCAUUUGCCUAUCUAAUUAUAAAUAAUGGACACGCUCGCGAGUAUAUUGGUCUCCGCUUUAAAUUGAGGCUUUUACUGAAGUGGACCGAAUAUGCAAAUACGUAUUACAUUAACAUAUGUGUUCUAACCUUAUAACUAAAGAAUCAGCUGGUAGAAGAGACAAUACUUAGCGGGUAGACGACAAAGCAUAAGCGCGUACCGAAGAGAUACCAUGCCUUUACUUCUCUAUUAAUAAACGAGGAUUAAGCUUAGACUAGUUACGCCAUGUUUUGUUCAUAUCACUCAAAUGAACACUUAAAUGUAAUUUGUAAUUCAAUGAACAGAGGCAAAACAUGGAGUAACCAAUCCAAGCUUAUACUUCGUUUAAAAAAUGGAAUUACAGUAUCGGUUAGUGUGCAAUGCAGCAUGAAAUUUCAUACAAAUUACUAAAUACUACACGGCUCAAGUCGACACGGUGCGGUGCCAAUCCGUUUUCUAUCAGAUAUGUUCUGCCCGAUGUAUGUGAUACCGACUAUUUUCUCGCUAAAGAAACCUACAUUAGACGUAGGCCCCACGUAAAUAACGACCGGCGUAGGAAGCCUAAAGGGAAUAUCUUUCAUCAGGCUUUGUAAUCUUAGCCCGGGAAAGUGGUCCUACCAACGUUUUUCAGCACAAUCGAUGAAAACCUUUUUUUAGAAACCAAGUCUCUUAA